UUUGCUGGAGAUUUAAUUAUUUAUUAUUAUGACUCUCAUCAGAGCACAACUUCCUCGUUUUUCUCUCCCUAUUGUGGUUUUCUUCGGUAUUGUCACUAUCUCAUCAGCGGUAACUGAUCGGAGAUCGAGAGGAGGAAUUCCGUUUCCUUCAUUGGCCGGAUAAGCAUUUACUUCACCAACAACAGGUUCCACAACUUAGUUUGAUUUUGGUUGCUCAAAGCUUGUUUGGGAGCAUUAUUCAGAGAGUAGAUGUGCAAAUGGGUGAUGGAGUUGAGAGAAUAGAAACUUAUGCAGGAGAAUCAAGUGCAGUUGAAGUUGAAGGUGGGAGUGAUGUGGAACUACAUGAGGGGAUGGAAUUUGAAUCAGAAGAAGCUGGUAGAGCAUUCUAUGAUGAUUAUGCCAGACAAAAAGGAUUCUUGACUCGUGUGUUAUCAUCUAGGAAAUCUGAGCGUGAUGGAUCAAUAAUCUCUCGUGGGCUUGGAUGUAGAGGACUUCCAGACAGUCGAACAAAAGUUGACAUUCAACAGGGUAGGCAACGAGACGUUUGCACUGCCAUGAUUUUGCUGAAAAGAGAGAAGAAUGGAAUAUGGGUUGUUAGGAAAUUCGUGAGUGAACAUAAUCACCCCUUGGGGAUUGAGCUACAAAAGGGUCACCGGAUACUUGAUGAUAAAGACAAGAAAAUUCAGGAAUUAACUGCAGAACUGAGGGUAAAGAAGAGGUUAAGUGCAGCAUAUCGGGAACAGCUACUUGCAGUUUUGAAAGAUGUUGAAGAGCAUAACGGAAAUGUAUCCAAUAAAGUUAAAUUAGUUUAUGAAAAUCUGAGAAAACUUGAAUCUAAGAUGCAGCAGCCCCUGUGCCACAGAUAAUUUAUGCAACAUCAUAUUUUUCGUGCUUGGUCGUGCUGGUGCUCUCCGAACACGUGCUCGUGCUGAUUUUGUGUUGUGUCAAAAGGUGCAGCUCGUAUUUACAACGUUAAUAUUACCUGGAAGUUAAAAAAAAAAAAGGGAUGUAUCAUCAAUAUUAAUAAAAGAUGGUUGUUACUAGUUAGUAAUGAUGUAAAAUUAAACUAGUCUCAUAAGAACAACAGCCAUUGCCAAAGAAAUGAUUUUUGCUUGCAACAUUGUUUCACUUUAGUGAGACUUUAAGAUGUUUGGGACAUCAGUAUAUUUGUGGCCUGAAAUGACUUAUUUCAGUCAAAUUCUGCAAGGAAUUUGUGUAAAUUUUGAAUGCUUAGUUUAUCUUGAUCUUGAAAUCCUUGUCGUAGUGUCUGCCA